AUGCCUGACCCAAAGGCAAAGCCGACUACGACUAACUCGAAGGGCCCAAAUCCCAAGGCCGGCAAGCAAUCAAGCAUCUGGUCUCUUAUAUGCCUUGCCCGGGAAGUGGCGGGCGAUACGGAAAGUAUACAGGACUUCUCAGAUCUAAUUGACCAGAAUAAGAGGCUUCAGAGCCAGCUCAGGGAAACCUCCGACGAGGUUUCACGUCUCACUACGGAACUGAAAGAGACGAAGGCCAGAGCCGACACGGAAAAGCUCACGUUGAUGACGACAUUCGGCGAACGGUACACAGUCUUCGCACAAGCCGAGACCGAUAUAGAGCGAUAUCGGAAGCAGGCAGACGAGGCCAAAGCCCAGCUGAGGACAGCUCAAGAUGAUGGCGCCUCUAAAUCAAGGAGUGUGUAUUCGCUGCAAGCUGGCCUGCGGUCUGCGGAGAGAGAAGCCGAUAAGCUGCGACAGAAGAACAAGACGAUGGAAACGAGCUGCAUCAUUCACAGUUCCCAGCUCCAGGCAGCCGAGGCUGAGCGUGACGACCUCCGGUCGGAGUUGAAGGGGGUCAGGGAAGAGUUGGGCCACAACCUCUUUCACGAGGUAGAUGGAGAACGAGAGACGACACUUCGGCACCACCUGAAAUCUCUGUCGGACGAAUCCCACACCAUUGCCAAGGAUUUCAUAUCUCAUUCCCAGACCACAAUGACGCCCGCCCAGAGAAUCCAGGCUCUCGUACCCGAAUUGCCCCUGUUGGUCGGGACAAGCAAAGAGGCCAUCCUGAUGCGUCGUGCGGCGGGCCAGGCCAUCAUCUGCCAGGCGUUGAUGGAGCACAUUUUCCUCCCGUUCUACAUCUCGAAAGAUUUGAGGCAGGCGGCCGAUCAGAUGCUAGACUUCUUCGACGAAAAGGAGAAACAGAUGACGUACCGCUACCAAAUCACAAAGCUCCUGAUCGAUGAAGAUGUAGACGCUGCGGUUGAAGACGCCUCUACAGAAGUAUGCAGGCAUCUCGAUCGGCUGGUUCCGUCUGAGAAUGAGCAGAAUCUACAUCGGAGAGUGACCGAUUUUCUGAUACGUGCAGCCAAUAUCUGGAAGACCGAAGGCCAGACGGCUGCUGAUCUAUUAGAGAUCACGACCCCCAAUACGGACGACGAGGGGGUGGAGACGUAUGCUGAAUUCGGGGAGCGUAGCAAUGGGAAGGCUGCGAUGGAGAGCCAUAAGGUAGCCGCUACGCUGUUUCCCCGAAUCAAGGCCAACGGCAAGAUACUGCAUGGUGGGACGGUCGUCUGGUCUGACUCGUCAGUCGUGAGGACCGCCAAGGAUCAGGCUCCAAGCACGGGGUUGGGACGCAAUGGCACAUUUCGAAAGAACAGUCGGCACGGGCGCGGAUAG